GGGAAUUCACAGACCUGGCAACCCGGCAGCAGCCCUGGCAACCAGAAAUGGACGCAAUCGGCUGGUUUAGGUGAAAAUAACGAGGAGGGACGAAAUAAUUCUGCCUCACCUGGGCGUGUUUCAGGUGCAGCAGCAGGUCCAGCAGCAGGUCCAGCAGGUCCUCCUCCCCCUGCUGCCGGCCGCUCAGAGACCAGCUUUAGAGUCCUGAACACCUGUUCUCACCUGGAACAGUCCGACAAGAAGAUUUAAACUGAACGGAAAAUGAAGCUUCUAAAAACCACAGCGGUCGUCCUCCUGCUCAUCCAAACCUUCCACCUGGCGUCUCUGCAGGACUCGACCGACUCUCCGGGUCGUACGAUCGAUAAAAGCUGGUGGCGUGAUCGCCCCAAAAACGAAAUCCCCAAACAAGUCGCAGACAGCGAUCAGGGAAACGAUGGCGAUUACAGCGGAAUAGCGUCCGGCUCCAUGGUGAUGAACAGCGAAGAGGAGCGGAACAUCGCUGGAGAAGCGAAUGAAACAGAAUCCGACGUCACAACCGCCUCGCCUCACGUGUUCCACAACGGCAUGAAAAAGAAGCAUAAACACCAGAAAACCACCGUUUCUCUGACUAUGACGGCCGCAAAUGCCACAAACUCAAACCACUCGGUCGAAGCGAAGGAAGCUAACUUGACAGCGACGUCGCAAAACUCCACCGGAUCUCCGGAAGUGCCGUCGACCACCACGCAAAACUCCACAACAGAGUUAGCUAACGGCACGGGAAGCGCCAACGCAACAUCUGCACCGACCCCAGCAGCACCAGACGUCAACGAAAUGAUGACGAAUUCGUCCACAGGAGAGUUUCCUCCAAAGACGUCAGAUCAGAACUCGACUGCUGCUUUGAACGCAACUGGAAAUGGGCCGACCAAUGCAAACCCCAACGUACUGGAAGAUACAACGACCACAAACCCCAACGUACCCGAAGACCCAAUGACCACAAACCCCAGCUUACCCGAAGACACAACGAACAUAAACCCCAACGUAUCCGAAGAUGCAACGAGCGCUGCUAAUCCAAAUAUGCCUGAAAAUGCGUCGUCCGCAGCUCCGGUCCCGCCCGAGAAGUCCAACAACACCGACAAAAGUGCUGGAGGUUCAGGAAGCAGCUCAGAAAGAGGUGUGGCGUCGGACCCCAACAAGAGCACGAGGAAGGGGGCGUGGGGCGCCGUCCUGGGGACCGCCGUGGCCGUGGCCCUGGUGGGGUUGGUGGCCUACCUCAUCCUGAAGAAGAGGCACCAGAAGGCCUUUUCUCACAGGAAACUGGUCGAGGAUUUCCCUGCAGAUCCAGCUCAUCUCCCUCUACGUCGUUCCGUAGAAAUUCCUCCAGAAUAUCAUGUCUCAUCCCGGCCGUUUUGGAGAGCUCAGCGAGGUCAAGAAGCUCCUGUUGGGAGUAAAUAUCUGGCUGGCUCCGUUGCUCCGCAGUCCACAGAUUAGACAACAACGAACCUCUGGACCUGAACUUUGGCGGCUUGGCGUAUUACAACCCAGCGCUGCAAGGAGACAACAUCCAGAUGAGCAACAUCCCUGGACGCCCCUGAAACUGGAACAAAAAAACCUCCAUGACCAAAGUCACGAACUCCCUCGAAAGAAAGUCGGCCAAUAAUUGGCUGUCGAUAGACGACUUAUAAAGUGGAGUUUUUGUAAAUAAGACUGUAUGAAAGGGACAUGUGUGGGUGGGAAAUACAAAAAGGGUUUAUGUAGGUCUGAUAUGUCAGGUUCUUGUCGAUUAGAUUUAUUAUGAAAGCAAUCUAUGUGAAGUACACUGCAACAGCCAAAACCAACAGUCAGCCAUUUACGUACGGUGCCAAAGGGAACCAAAUGAAGCCUUUAACUAAUGAAGGAUAUGCUUUGCAGUCAAUGGAGGAUGCUAAAACGUAAUAUUUGUCGUCUGAUUUUAAUUAUUUUUUGUGAGUCUGUUAAAAAUAAGCACAUUAACGGAGCAGAAUGCGACUCUAAAAAAGCUGGCAAUCAAUCAAUAUGCAGCGUGAUUAUGAAAAAAAACACAUAUUUGAGGUUCAAUAUCUCCAGAAAUUUAACUCCUACAGUCUUCAAAUUGGGUGAAAACACAAACAAAAACACCUCCAGUAAAUCCAAAUUAAUAAAUGGCAGCAGCAGAGGACACAUUUUAAAUUAUUGGUUCUUAAAAAUGGGAAUUAGUGCCAAAUUUCUAAUCAAGAAUGACUUUGUGUCCCCAUAAAGUUCCUGUAAGUGUAUAUGUACAGUAUGGAUGGAUCCGUAUUUCUACUAAAAUCCAGUCUUUGGUCAACAUUUCACCAGUUUUUGAGGCCCGAACAUUAGCAGGAUUUGACAUGUGGCAAAUAUGGCAAGACAAGGUUCCAGUUUUUCACCAUUUUUGACUUGAAACUUGCCCAAAAUCAUAACAAAGAAUAAUAACUGACCCUGAAAUAUGGAUAAAGUGCAUAUCAUUUGAACUUCAUUUGGUAUUUUGACUCUAGAAAGUUCCUGUAAGUGUAUAUAUAUGGAUGGAUCCAUAUUGAUUUUAAUUAUUUUUGCGAGUCUGUCAAAAACGAACACAUUAACGGAGCAGAAUGUGACUCUAAAAGCGCUGUUCAGAAGCCAAGACGAACAAUAACUUCACCCACAUCGACAGUCGGCUGCUGCUCCGGCGUCAGGACGCAAAUAAGAAGUUAAAUUUUAAACUUUCAGACAUUCGACAGCCGGAGCCGGAGAGAUUGAGCCGUCAAAAACUAAAGAGUGGGUUUGUUUUGGAGGUGGAGAGAGGCUGUUUUGUUAUUUAUAGACUUAAGCUUGUUGGUAUUCAGGAAGGGAGUUCUGUAUUUGGUCUUUGCACCACUCAGUAGCACCAACUAUAUCACCGUAACGUACUGCUUAAAUCUUCUGACCUCCAGGUGUCCGAGCACAGAUUUGAGUUUUCUCGUAGCGACGGCGUGCACCUCGGAGAGCGACUUAGUGUUUACCUGCUACAUACCUUAGAGUGAAAACUUUUUUAUUAUUCCUUUUUUUGUUUUAUUCUCCUAGAAGUUUGGCUUGAUUGACAACCUUCGGCAAGAAAACGUGUCUCCUGAGUUUGGGGCGAGGGAUUAACCGUGUUCCGCAAUAAAAUACUCUUUCCUGCUUUUCUAUGCUGCAAAAAUAACAUAUUUAUAUCUGCAUGCACACCCAGAAAACACAUCUUUCACUCAUCAUUACCUGAGUGAAGCCGGCAAUCAAUCAAUAUGCAGCAUGAUUAUGAUUGGUACGUGCCUCGGCUCGGCCUCAGAAACUCUGAUUUUCCCUCUUUUUGUUUGUGGUUGAGCAGCAGCACGCCGGCUUCCUUCCUCGCUCUAAUUUCAGAUGUCAAUCAGUGCACAGGAGGCUUUUUUUUUUGUUUUUUUAAAAAGAUCACUGUGAUUUCUGCCGUAAUAAUGCAGGGCGGAGGGAUAGGAGACGCUGCUUGUAAAAUGAGCUGAAACUUGCCUUAAUAAACACGCAAAACACCCCCCAAAA